UGUGAAGAUAACAACAACAACAGGUUCGCGAGCAGGCAACGAUCUGGUGCACGACAGCGCCUUCAUCCCCAGGCACAUACGGCACUUCUUGCUGCUCGUCCUUCAACAAUCUGGUCCGUAAUAGCUUCCGCGAGCCACGCCACCUUGUCCAACCCCGCACGCGCCGAGGUGGGAGCUAGCGCUGCUGCUUCCUCCCAUCAGCCGACGACAGCACCGCUGCCGUUGGUCGGGGGGUGUUUACAUAGGUGAUCCUCGACACGCGACACGCACUACUUGCUGGUGCCCUUGCCAGCAGGCGGUUGGCACACACACACGGUCGAUGCGCAGGCACACACGAGAAGGGACGGAGCGAUCCCCUGACCAUGAUGGGUGGGCCGCGUGGGGACAUCGAUCACGCUGCCGUUGCAGAAGCAGCCGCGGCCCGAUCCAGCUCUCCAGGGGUACCGGGGUUGCCUUGGGAGACCUUCGCGGGAUACUCGAGGGAAACGUUAAGCAUGCGGGUUUACGAGCCAAAGGAGGCGGCGGUGGCAAUCUUGGAGCGCCAGCUCGCGUUAAAUAGGCGAGAAAUUGCUUCGGCACGCGCAUCAACCCAGCAGCAGCCUGGCAGCAACGACGUCCUAGGAAGCGCUUCUGCCGGGGGGUUUCCUGGCGGCCACACAAGAGCGACGGAGGAGAAAUCGGCUCAGGCGCGAGAGUUGUACAGUCAGGAGGAGCAGGAGUCACAACAGCCGCGAAACAGAGUUCUCGACGGCUCGCAGCAGCAGCAGAACGGAGUUCUUGACGGCGCGGCUUUGGUUCGUCUGCUGAACGGGGGUCUGUCGCAGCUGGGGUCGCCAAGCGAGCAACAGCAGCAGCUGCGGCCACGAGAGCAAGAGCAUCAUCAACAAGAACAGGAGCAGCGAGUGUCGGGGGAAGAUCCCGAGGAAGCGUUGGAUGAUGCGAAGACGAGGCUUGAGGCAGAGGUGGCGAUGUGGAAGGGCAAGGCGGAGACGUCCCUCAAGAGCUACCGCACCCUGCUGCACCAGGCAUGCUCAGGCAGCACACCGGAAAAACUUUAUACAGGCGGUGGAAAAUAACUCGCUGGCGAGCGAACGCGACGAGAUGGAGGCGCGGAACGUAGCCGUGGACAAGGAGUUGCAAGAGACCAGAGAGGCGCUAGUAGAGGUCAAGGCGGUGCUCAUGUUGUGUACCUUGGAAAAAAUGAUCUAGCGUGUGCUUUUUUUUCUCCUUGUACCCGGUGCUCCGAAAAAAAUACCAGGCACUAUAAGAAGCAAUUUUUGAGUGCUCCCUCAGAUGUAUUGGUCGUCCACCAACCCGUUCGUGUGAGUCGCCCCGAGCCACUGCUAUGUCCACCACGUGGCGUUGCCGUUGAGGAGAGCGGCUCCGCGUUGGUCUUUGUUGUUACGGGGCAGUCACAUCAGCUCCUUUCCUUUUGCUCCGUGUGGAGACGUGUUGAUGACGAUCUCCGGUGGGUUGUCCGGUUGUUCACCCGGUGUCGACUUGUUUGGUAGCUCUGCUGUUCCGUGUGUGGCAUGCACAGUAACCGUCACGAAUCGUUUCGCCUAUGUGUCCUCCCUCCACUGCAUGAAACGCUCCUCUCCCUUCCCGCUCGCCCGCUUCUGCACACGGCAUCAGGAGCUCACAACGCUCCAGACCCUGCACGCCAGAAGACACCAGCACGAACAGCAGCAGCAACACGAGCAGGUGCACCUCCAGCGGCAGCAGCAGCAGCGGAGGCGCUCGUCUUCCUCGCUGCACGCUUCUCCUUUUAAGAGUACCCCGGCGUCGGCGCGGCAGCAACGACGGCGGCAGGAAAGACUAACACCGCAAGCCGAGGACCCGAGAAUGACAGCAAUAACAACAACAACACCGCCCUCCCCUCCACCGUACAACGCCCGGGACAGCGUCGGUGCAGCAUCUCUCUUGUCGUCGGGAGCAGCGGCGCGGCGACGACGGCCGGAGACCGCGGGUCCCGUGCCAACGAGAGCACGACCAGCUACAAUGUUUGGACGGGUGUCGGCGCCGGCCACAGUCCCGAUGGGGACUAGGAGGCAGACGGCGGCGGAGGAGGCGUUUGCGACGGCCGGCGGCGAGGUGGCUUGGAGCGGGAGCGGUGAGGAUGUCGCCGUGGGGAGGUGGG